GUUCCUGCUACCCAGAUCCUUGAUCUUCUCAAGGUUUACGCAACUUUCGUUUAGCGGAAUCGACCGCUACUUUUCCCCAGUCUCAUUCUCGGACCGGCAUGUUGCCUGUGGCAGAGAGGCCUAACCGGAAAGUCAGUUUUUCAGAUUAUGUCAUCACAAAUUCAAGAGUUGAAAAGCGACAUGCAGUGCCCGAUUCAUCCGCGCUGUACCAAGAGCAGCUGAGCGAUGUACAACAGCGAUGUCCGACUCCAGUGGACGAAUCUGGUCACCCUAUCGUUGUUCGUCUGGUAGAGUCAAAAGAUGAGGAAGUGAUUGCCGAAACUCCAUUGCUUCACUCGCAUUUACCGGUGUUCGAAGUCAAAUUGGGCAUGGUACGACAGGCCACUGUAUACCACGUGGAGUUUACCGUCCCCGACUGUUUGCCCAGUGGCGAGGUGGAAUUGUUGCGAUACACCGAGGACAUUCCCGGACAGUUGGAUGCUCCUGUGAAUGUGGGGGCUGCGAUUAAGCUACUUAGCUGUGAUUCCUGUGAAUCCCGGCGAGGCCAUGUUUUAGUGGUGGAGUUGAGCACGACCAAACAACCGCGUAUCAAUGAAUUUUUCACCAUGCGCUUAGUGGGCAAUCCUAAGGAGGCGGUUCAUCUAAUUCUCCACGGCCUCUCUUUGGGAAGGGGCCAAGGUACCCCAUUUCUGCGCCUUGGUAUUCAUCGGAUUUCAGAGAAUCCCGACUUUGAAGACUCUGACGAACUGACCGAAUGGCCCGGAUUUGUCAACCCUGCUGAUACAGAGGAAGACGAGGCUGACGAUGGCCGUGCUGUGGAAAGCUGCUUCGACGCACAAAAGGGUGAUCUCGCGGGUUGUGAUGAGACCUCAGACUCAUAGCCACAUCUACAGUAAACAUCAUGGACUUUAUGUGUUUUUGUACAGUUUGUUCUCCAGAAAUCGGCGCUCGCAUAUUUCCAGAGCUGAUUUGUCAAUGUUUCCGAUUCUUGUUAUCACUUUUCGGUUUUCACCUCCUUACCAAGACCAUGGACUCCUCCACUCACUUCAUGCUGCUGCUUUACUGUCCACUAACUCGCAAUGUUCCCCAAUUUCCUUCAAUAUAUUCACUCCGUUCGUACGCAUUC